UUUGUACUCUCUUCUUCUUCAUCCCUGUCUUCCUGCCACGUACAAACAGUCAUCUUCAUUGAUCUAGCCAAACCAGUUGAGAGAGAAGUUAUCAACAAGUAGAGAGAGAAAGACGGAGAAAGUAGGUUGAAGGAAGUCCAAGGCAAGCAGCUAGAUUCUUCAAAUCUCCAUUAAUGAAUGAAUUGUUGAAGUAAGUUGAUUGAUGAUGAUGAUCAAUUGUACGUCUCUAUCUCUUUAUCAAAGUUAAACACUACUACUGUAACUUUACCACACGUCUUCAACUCCAUUCCAAUUUCCAUAUCUGGAUCCAAUUAUUGCUCGAAUUUGAACUACAUUUGCUUUGACCUUACUUGUUUUUGGUCAACAUUGGAUUGAAUUAACGUUGUUUAAGAGAUCCGUCGGUUGUUAGUGACAAUUUUGAUCUGAAACGGGAGAAAAACAGCGCCAUUAGAUGGCGUUGUUCAGAAGGUUCUUUUAUCGUAAGCCACCGGAUCGGCUUCUCGAGAUCUCUGAGAGAGUUUAUGUUUUUGAUUGUUGCUUUUCAACUGAUGUAUUGGGAGAAAAUGAGUAUAAAGGAUAUUUAAAUGGAAUUGUAGCGCAAUUGCAAGAUUACUAUCCUGAUGCUUCAUUCAUGGUUUUUAACUUUAGAGAAGGAGAUAAGAGAAGCCAACUUUCAGAUAUUCUGUCUCAGUAUGAUAUGACUGUAAUGGAAUACCCUAGGCAAGUUGAAGGAUGUCAGUUGUUACCUUUAGAAAUGAUUCAUCAUUUUCUUAGAUCAAGUGAAAGUUGGUUGUCAUUGGAAGGACAACAGAAUGUAUUGCUGAUGCAUUGUGAAAAGGGUGGAUGGCCUGUUCUUGCUUUCAUGCUUGCGGGUCUUCUUUUAUAUCGUAAACAGUACACUGGUGAACAGAAGACACUUGAUAUGGUGUAUAAACAAGCUCCCAGAGAGCUUUUACAUCUUUUAACACCUUUGAAUUCACAACCUUCUCAGAUAAGAUAUCUUCAGUAUAUCUCUAGACGGAAGUUUGGUUCUGAAUGGCCACCUUCAGAUACAAUACCAUUGGCUUUAGAUAGUAUUAAACUUAGAGUCCUUCCUUUGUUUGAUGGCUGGACGGGUCUUCGACCAAUUGUUCGUGUUUAUGGAUUAGACCCUAGUUGUUCCACAGUUAAUAGAUCUUCUAAGCUCUUGUUUUCAUCUUUAAAAACGAAAAAGAGUGCUCGUCUUUAUCAGCAGGAAGAAUGUGAGCUUGUAAAGAUAGAUAUCCGUUGUCGCGUUCAAGGGGAUGUCGUUCUUGAACUCAUACAUUUGAGUGAUGACUUGAUGACGGAGGAAGUGAUUUUCAGGAUCAUGUUCCACACAGCUUUUGUCAGGUCACAUGUUUUAAUGUUAAAUCGUGACGAAAUUGAUGUUUUGUGGGAUGGAAAAGAUCAAUUCUCGAAAGAAUUUAGAGCUGAGGUACUCUUCUCUGAUGGUGACGCCAUUCCAUCUAUUACCUCUACAGAAGUAGCUUGCGAGGAUGAAAAUGACGCCGAAAAUGCUUUUGCUGAAGAAUUUUUUGAGGUUGAGGAGAUCUUUAGCAAUACUGUAGAUGGUAUUGAUGGAAAGAUGGAUGUUGAUUCACAAACAAGUUUAGACAAUGAUGCUCAGGGAUCCCACACGUUUGAGGACUGUGCAUCAGAUAUCAAGUUGGAUGACAGAGUAUUAGGAAUGGAAAUCAAGAAACCUGUUGAAGAUGGAAAACUGGAUUCUGACAUAAAUGAAGCAGACAGCGAUUCAAGAAGUACAGAUACAGAGGGUUCAUACCAAAAUUUGCAAGUUGAUACUUCUAGAAGAAAAUCCGUUAAGCCUAAUCCACCUAUAUCAAAGAAGCAACCAACUGCAAAUGCAAAGCUUGCAGUCGAUCCGGUUUCUACAAAACAAAAGUUGAGACAACAGGAAGGUCAAGGUUUUCCAGCAAGACAGGCAAAGGCAAACACAUCGAGAAGCUGGAUCCCUGCUAACAAAGGCUCAUACAACAAUUCAAUGCAUGUGGCAUAUCCACCAACAGCAAGGUAUAUUCCACCACCACCACCACCUGUGGUGGCAGUUGUAAAGGACUCUCAGUUGGGUGUUAAACCUAAGGCUUCCAUAGUUGCUGCUAAGGUCUCAGGAGUUGUGGCCUCAAACUUUGAGGGUCGACCAAACUAUCAAAAAAUGAAGACCACAUACUCCACACCAGCUCUAGAUGCACCAGCAAUUCAGCAACCCUCCCCCAUUUCAAAUCUACAAUCAACCUCUUCAGGUCCAGAUCAAGUUGAUUUCCCUCUUCUCUCUCCUCCUCCACCUCCACCUCCACCUCUGCCAUGUUUUAACUCAACUCCUUCCAUAAUGUCCUUUUCGCCGCCUCCACCCCCUGUUCCACCAUCAUUGCCCGCUCUUGUACCUAGAUUAUCACCAGAAAUGACUAAAGGUGCCUCUCCUCCUCCACCACCACCUAGGAAGGUUGAACUUUCAGUAGCUAACACUUCGAUAGACUUAGUAUGUACAAAUCCUUCUUCUAUGGAUUCACGUGCAAGGCCUGGACUUUCCCCUUCCCUAACCCAUGUUGCUCAUGGUGCUUUGCGUCCAACGUGGCCUCCUUCAUCCAGUACACCAACUCCAUCUCUACUUCCGCCUCCACCUCCACCUCCACCUCCACCUCCACCCCUCCUUCCUACUUAUGGUCAUUCAUCAUCUUCUUUUAUUUUGAAUCCUAAAACAUCACACGUUACUUCUUCACACUUGCCUCCACCUUCACCACCACCACCUCCUCCACUCCCAUCACCAUCACAUGUUGUUUCCUCAUAUCCACCACCACCCACUCCACCUCCGCCACCCCCACGAUCACAAUUUGCUCCAGCACCUCCCCCACCACCCCCACCUUCACGUCUGUCACACGGUACUCUUCCACUACCACAAUUUCCUUUGCCAUCCUCACCAUCAUAUGUUGCUCCACCUCCUCCACCACCGCCUCCUUCACGAGGUGCUCCUCCAUCUUUAGGUUAUUCCUCACCCCAACAAACACAUGGUGCUCCACCACCACCUCCACUGCCUUCUUUACAUAGAAAUCCACCCCAACCAACCGUAUUGCCUUCUUCGCAUGGUCCUCCUCCACCCCCACCGCCACCUCCAUCGGAACUAUGUGGUGGUCCACCACCACCUCCUCUUCCUCCACCUCUUUCAACUAGAGGCCCCCCACCUCCACCUCCUCCAAUGCGUGGAGAACAGUCUCAUAUUUUUGGAGCUCCACCUCCACCCCCACCUCCAUUUCAUGGAGUUCCACCGCCACCUCUUCCCUCCAAUAGAGGGUCGUCUUUACCGCCUCCUCCACCACCACCAUUCAGCAAUCGAGCACCAGGUCCGCCUCCUCCACCACCACCACUCAGCAAUCGAGCACCAGGUCCGCCUCCUCCACCACCACCACUCAGCAAUCGAGCACCAGGUCCGCCUCCUCCACCGCCACCACUCAGCAAUCGAGCACCAGGUCCGCCUCCUCCACCACCACCUCUCAGCAAUCGAGCACCAGGCCCCCCUCCUCCUCCUGGACCUCCAAGGCCUCAUGGAACUCCACCACCUCCACCUUUUGGCUUUAAAGGACCAGCAGCUGGAGGUGCACCCACACCCCCUCCACCGAUGGGAAGAGGUCGUGGACUUCCACGUCCAUUAGCACCAUCUGCAGCUGCAAGAAGGUCUAAUUUGAAACCACUUCAUUGGAGCAAGGUAACUAGGGCAUUGCAAGGAAGCCUCUGGGAAGAAUUGCAAAGACAUGGAGAGACUCAAAUUGCUCCAGAUUUCGAUGUAUCAGAACUGGAGACUCUUUUCUCUGCCACCAUCCAAAAAUCAGAAGGCUUAGGAACUAAAUCUGGAAGUCGAAGGAAAUCGACUGGCUCAAAAGCUGACAAAGUGCACCUGGUUGACCUGAGGAGAGCCAACAACACUGAAAUUAUGCUGACCAAAGUUAAAAUGCCACUACCUGAUAUGAUGGCUGCAGUUCUAGCAAUGGAUGAUUCAGUUUUAGAUGCUGAUCAAGUGGAGAAUCUAAUAAAGUUCUGUCCCACUAAAGAGGAAAUGGAUCUGCUUAAGAAUUACACAGGUGACAUGGAGAUCCUUGGAAAAUGUGAACAGUUUUUUCUUGAGCUAAUGAAGGUUCCUCGAGUUGAAUCUAAACUCAGAGUUUUUCUUUUCAAAAUUCAGUUUAAUGCUCAGGUUUCUGAUUUUAAGAAGAGCUUAAACUUGGUGAAUUCUGCAUGUCAGGAGGUUCGGAACUCCCUCAAAUUGAAGGAGAUCUUGAAGAAAAUCCUUUACUUGGGCAAUGCAUUAAAUCAAGGAACUGCAAGGGGUUCUGCAAUUGGAUUCAAAUUGGACAGUCUUCUGAAAUUGACAGAUACACGUGCUUCAAACAAUAAGAUGACGCUCAUGCAUUAUCUUUGUAAGGUCCUUGCCACCAAGUCACCCACUCUGCUGGACUUCCGUGCUGAUCUGAUAAGCCUGGAAACUGCGUCAAAGGUACAAUUCAAAUCUUUGGCAGAAGAAAUGCAAGCUAUUACCAAAGGACUGGACAAGGUGAAGAAUGAGUUGUCUGCAUCUGGAAAUGAUGGUCCAGUAUCCGAGGUUUUCUGCAAGACAUUGGAGCAAUUUGUUGGUGCUGCUGAGACAGAGGUGUCAUCCUUGACUAAUUUAUACUCGAGCGUGGGUCGUAAUGCAGAUGCACUUGCCCUUUAUUUUGGUGAAGACCCUGCCCGAUGCCCAUUUGAACAAGUUGUCGCUACCCUAUUGAACUUUGUAAGAUUGUUCACAAAAGCCCAUGAAGAGAACUGCAAACAGGUUGAGUUGGAAAAGAAGAAAGCUCUAAAAGAAGUUGAAAUGGAAAAAAACAAUUUGAAGAAGAGUGGGAAAUAGUCUUGAGUUCACAUCAUUCACUGAAUAUCAUUUCGAAACUCUCAAGCAAGCAAUGGUUGGCGACAAAAUGAAAGCCUGAAAAGACCUGUCCGGCUAUUGGCUCGUUCAAGUUGAUAAACCGAUAUAGUUCUGAUGCCAAUUGAAGCAACCCGAGUUUCACACAUAUAUAUAUAUAUAUAUAUAUAUAUAUAUGACCGGGGAUGAAGAAACUAUAUAUUUAUAUAUAAUCGGAACUCAACCGGUACAGAUUUUGUGUAUAGAAACUGUCGUCGGAACACCACAACGAGGAUUCAAAUUCGGUUGAGGAUAAUCAAAGCAAGCAGAAUCAUUGUCCCAUAAAUGUAAGAAGUUAGGUUUAUUAUAACUUGAUUCUUUCCUUUGUAUCUUUGUGUAUAAAGAUUUUUUUGUAUAGUUAGUAUAGUUAAUUUAGAGGCUAUUUUAGUCCAAGUUUAGACUGAUUUAAUGUAGAUGCUUAGUUUGGAAAACUUAUAAUUAUUUUAUUUAUUAUUGUUAGUUGUUUUAACUUCUAAUGAAGCUCUCAUUUUUUU